GGCAGAGACGGUGAGUUGUUUGAUGCAAUCAAGUCAACAGGAUAGCGGAAAUAUAUAUUAUAUUGCAGUAUCCCAUGUACUGACUCCAAGUCCCCUCCGUGAAACUAUACCAGCAGUUACAAGAUCCCACAAUCUCAUAAGUGUUUAUAUCAGCAACUAUUGUCAUCCAUGAGAAUAUCUUGUCUUUGGAGUCUUCGAAGAGUAUCACCGUCAUCGACAUGGUCAGGAUUGCGCUUGCUGGCGGAGCUGGGAACGUUGGACAGGAGGUCCACGAUGCUCUGGUUGCGAGAGGAAAGCACGAAAUCCUGAUUCUGUCCAGGAAGGAUGCACCUGCCAAGGCACUCUCUCCCGGGGUGCAAUGGAUCAAGACGAGCUACGAUGAUGUCGAUCAGCUGGCAGAAGCUCUGAAGGGCGUCCACACCGUACUCUCUUUUGUGACCGGACCCAUGGAUCCGGCCAACACCGCGCAAAUGGACGCACAGAAACUGCUAAUCGACGCCUCUAUCAAAGUUGGAGUGAAGCGGUUUGCUCCCAGUGAGUGGGCUACGUCCAAGCCCGACCACAUGUUCUGGUACGACUUCAAGGACAAGAUUCGCAACUACCUUGUGGAAGUGAACAAGGAGAAGAAGGUCAUCGAAUACAGUCUCUUCCAGCCAGGCUUGUUCACGAACUACCUGACCUUUCCUUUCAGCUCGGCCAAGCAUGUCAACCUGUUUGAAACCCCAGUCAACUAUUACAAACACCGAGUCCUUACUACCGAGGGCGGCGAAGACGCCAUCGUCACUCUGACCACGGUCCAGGACUUUGCCAAGGUUGUGGCAUUGGCCGUGGAGUAUGAAGGAGAGUGGCCCCUCGUCAGCGGGAUCAAGGGAUCAAAGAUGACCAUUGGCCAAAUCAUCGCCCUUGGUGAGAAGCUUCGCGGCAAACCGUUCCAAGUUACAAAACUGAACCCCGAAGAUCUCAAGUCUGGCGUGGUCAAAGCUCCGUGGUUGCCCAGGCUCGAUCAUCCCGCCAUCCCAAAGGAGACCCUCGAUGCUGUUACCCCCAGCUUUGUCGCUGGAUUUCUCUUGGGUAUCUCGGCCGGCACCUUUGAUGUCUCUGACGAGUGGAACCGGCUCCUUCCUGACUUUGAGUUUACUCAGCCCGAGGAGUUUCUAGCUACGGCGUGGGCCGCGAUUGACGCCGGUGCGAAGAGCGUCCACACUGAUUACUGAGAGGCAUGGAGGAGGACGGUCGCGAUGUCCUCUCCAAAAGACAUGUUCGGAAUAAUUAGCAUUUUGUUGACAUGAAUCACAUGAAAACAAGGCUCGAGCUAGAUAUGUGUCCCGCUCCCUAAUUAAAUAAUCCUCGAACCAG